UCUGAUCGCACAGCGGCGUUCCAUUCAAAAACUACUAUUAAAACUUAAAACUCCUGGUUAAAUGGCGUUUUCAGCCGAAAUCGAGAGGGUGAUGGACCAGGGCAACUGUCUGAUGCCCGACAUCAACAUUUGCCAGAGCGACUUGGCCAAUCCCACCGAGCCAUUUGUCACCAAGAUCAUGGUGCACUAUCUGCGCUGUUACGGCUUUCGCCUGGAGCCGCCCUAUAAGAUUGGCACCGAACUCGGACACUCGUCGCGGGAGGCGCGCGUCUUCCUCAUUCGAGUGUGCCGCCAAGUGGAGCGCAUUGUCCAGAUCAGCUUUCCCAACAAGACCUACAACUAUGUGGAUAUUAUAAAACCAGCUGUUAAAAAAACGCUGGCUACCCUGAGCUACCUUUUCAACCACCUGGCCUACUACAAAGUGUUCAAAAAGAAGGUGCUGGGACCUGUAGAGGAGGCCGUUAAGCUGAAGGACUCGCUGACAGCCGAGGUGAAGGCCAAGAGUCAACAGCUGGAGCAAUGCAGUCAGAAGACCGAGGAUUGCGAAGUGGCCAUCAACCAAGUCAAGAAAGAUUUGCAGGAUACACAAGCAAAGCUUAUUCCUUUGAAAAAGACCUGCAGCGAGCAUGAAAACUCUCUGGAACUUCUCGCACAGCAGCAAACUGAGCUGGACAAACGUAUCGGUCACUGGGAGCAGCUUGUGGUGGAUGACAGUCAAGUGACUGAACUGCGAGAGAAGAUUAAGAGCGCAUCCUCGCAUGUCGAGAGCUGCAAGGCGGAGCUGGCCAGCAAAAAAGAGGAGACGAAUGAACACCGCCGGAUAAUCGAAAACAGUAAACAUAUAGCCACCGGUUUAGAGAAGGCCACGGCUGUGCUUUCGCUGUGCAAAGUGGAUGAUUACAAGGAGAGCUACAAGCAGCUGGAGGCGGUGGAGAAGCAGUUGCCCACCUGGACGGUCAAUUAUCACAAGCGCCUUCAGGAUGCAGAGGCCAAGAAGCAGGAACUCGCUCUUUGUGAUCAGCGGUACGAGGAAAGAGUGCAGGAAAACGAUGGCGAGAAUCACAAGCUGCAUAACGAACUUAAGCAGCUGCAAGUCGAUGUUGAGGAUCGCAAGAAACGUCUGGAGGAUCUAAGUAAUAGCUUGAUCGAGCUUGACCAGCGAAGUUUGGGGCAAGAUCAGCUGUAUGCCAUGUUAAGUGAGCAAAUCUAUGAGGCUCUCGGUCAAAACUGGCAGAUGAAUUCCACUUAAUAUACUGAUUUUAUUCUAUUACUGCAAAACAGCUCAGCUCGUUUUUAUGGUUAGGACUGAACAAAGGGGUCGGUGCCGGUUUACGUCUCCAUUUUCUUGCUCUCCAGAUGGGCCUUUAGCUGCUGGCUG